AUGGCGUUACCAUUUUUGCCUGGCAACACAUUUGAACGAAAAAUUGGCAAAGAUAAAUUUCAUUUAACACAUCAAUUUGAUAAAUACAAUGGUGUAGGUAUGUUAACAGGUAAUAAAUUGGGUGUUGGUGGUGUACCAUUAGCAGGUGAAGAUCUUCGACCGAAAAAUUCUGUUUAUCCACGAGGUGAAGGACCUGAUCGACCAGCUUGGCUUGCUUUUGAUAAACAAGUUCUUUGUUUUGAUGCUUAUUUUCAAGAAUCAAUAACUGAACGUCCAGAAGAACAAUAUCGUAUUCGAAAAUGUCGAGUUUAUUUUUAUCCAGAAGAUGACACAGUUCAAGUUGUUGAACAACGUCAAAAUAAUGUUGGUUUCCCUCAGGGUACAAUUCUUAAACGUCAUCGUGUACCAUUACCAGCACCAAAUGAUGAUCGAUUUUAUACAUAUGAUCAAUUUAAUGUUGGAGCUGAAGUAUCAUUAUAUGGACGUGUAUACAAAUUAAUUGAUUGUGAUCCAUUUACACGAAAUUUUUUAACAAAACUUGGUGUACGUGUACCACCAGGUUUUUCGGCACCGGAAGAUCCAUUUCUUAAACAUCGUCAAGUAGCUGAAGGUACUCAAAAUCCACUUCGUCCAUAUGAAAGAAUUGAUACAUUAAAACAAUUUAUUAAUCAUGAUACACAUGUCUUACGUUUUUGGGGUGUUUGGGAUGAUACAGAAAGUUUAUAUGGUGAUGCACGAAAUUUUGUUAUACAUUAUUUUCUUGCAGAUGAUACGAUGGAAAUUCGUGAAGUUCUUCCACCAAAUUCUGGUCGUGAUGCACCACCAACAUAUCUUGCUCGAAAUAAAUUACCGAAAGAUUUUAAUGGAUUACGUUUGCCGGGGGAAAAUGCUCAACGUACAGUACUUAAUGUAUUUGGACAAUUAAAUAAACAACGUUGGAUUCUUGAUAAUCUUAAAACAGGUGCUACUGAUCAAAAGUAUUAUACUGAUCAAGAUUUAGCUAUUGGCCAAUUGAUAAAUGUCUAUGGACGUAAAGUCUUAUUAACUGAUUGUGAUGAAUUUACAAAAAAUUAUUAUCGUACAAAAUAUGGUGUACAAGAUUUUACACCAAUUAAUUAUAAAAAAGAUAAUGAUUAUAAUCUAUUAAGACAAACUUAUCCAUACACGGGCUUUGGUUCAGAAGAAGAUUCAUUAAAUUCAACGAAAAAAUUGCUUCCAGAACCAGUUAAAAAAGAUUUUAAUAAAUUUAUGGGAUUUGAUCGUCAAGGCCUUGAAAGUAAUGUUCUUCGUUUUAUGGCUAAAAUAAUAACAAAAGAUCCAAUACAAGCUGAACGACAUUUUAUUAUAUCAUAUUUUCUUGCCGAUGAUACUAUUAAUAUUCAUGAACCGCCAACAAGAAAUUCUGGUAUUGAUGGUGGUAAAUUUCUUGAACGUCAAAAAGUGAAAAGACCCAAUCAACCACGAUAUCCACUUGAAAUAUCUGAAUAUUUUAAUGGAACAGAUUUUUAUGUUGGAGCUCGAGUAAUAAUAAAUGGUUUUGAUUUUUAUAUAUAUGAUGCUGAUGAAUAUGCAUUUAAAUUAAUGGAAAAAGAAUCAUAUCUUUUUCCUGUUUCAAAUCAACGAUUAAUUUUAGAAAAAUUACGACAAUUUUUAACAAAUAAUUCUGAUAGUGUUGAACAAUUUGAAAAACAUGAUCCUCAACAUAAAGGUUAUUUUGGUUAUGAAACAUUUUAUUAUUUAAUGAAAAAUCUUGUUGGACAUAUUUUGGUUGAUCAUGAAAUAAUAACACUUGCACGAUAUUAUGCACAGAAAAAUUUUAAAGAACAUGAUAUUUAUUCAGUUGUUGCUAUUGCUCAAGAACAUUUAAGAAAACAUAAUUAUGAACAUUUAUUACCAUUAAAAGAAAAUUUAAUUAAACGAGAUCGAAAUCGAAAUGGUCGAUUACCUGCUGAAGAAGUUCGUAUUGCUAUACGUUCUGUUCAUGUUCCAUUACCUGAUUAUCUUUUAAAUACACUUAUUAAUCGUAUGACUCAAGAAGAUGGUUGUAUUGAAUAUAAUGAUGUACUUAGUGCCUUAAAUUGGCGUGAAUUACCUGUUUCAAAACCUACGCCAACAAGUGAACAUGAACAAGAUGAUUUUACUUCAACACGUCAUACAGAUGAUCCAACAAUGUUAGAUAAAACAACACAUGAACGUAAAAAAUUUAAUGUUGAAUAUACAACUAUGCUUCAAGAUCUUGGUUUAAAUAUGUCACAUCCAUUAUCAACAUUAGGUACAUCAAGCAAUUGUGAUGAAUGUAAAAAAUAA